CAACAGUCUUAUAAACAAUAAUUCAUCAUUAAUCACUUGUUACUUUUUAUUCAAGCUGAGUUGGUUAAGUUCAGUUUUAAUUUAGUCGAGAACAUAUACGCACGUGCCGGCCGUUUAAAAGAUGUUAGUGCUGUUAUCUGUAGUUUUGGUGUUACUCGUGCUACUAUUGUCUUGGUUUUAUUUUUAUUUGGAUAAGAAAUGCAUCGAUGUGAAAGGACCUCCACCAUAUCCACUGAUUGGCAAUGGUCAUUUGUUGGCCGUGGAUUCAUCAGAAUUUAUACGAGUGUUUCAACGCCUGGAAGAAGAAUAUGACCAAACUACUCGGAUAUAUCUGUUUUCACAACGUUUUGUACUUACAGCGAACCCCAAGUUUAUAGAGGAAGUCGUUUCAAGUACCAAACUUAUAGAGAAAGGCAUAUCGUAUGAAUAUGUAAAACCUUGGCUUGGAGAAGGGCUGCUGACGUCCUCAGGUCCUAGAUGGAAAGCACACCGCAAAUUCCUAACUCCUGCGUUUCAUUUCAACAUUUUGCAACAGUUUCUACCAAUAUUUUGCAAGAAUGCCAAAAUUUUGUCGGCGAAACUCCGCAAACUUGCCACGAAGGAAUCCUCUUUAAACAUAUUCCCUAUCAUAGCUUUAGCUGCAUUAGACAAUGUUACUGAAUCUAUAAUGGCUGUAUCGUUCAACGCACAAAGAGACACCGAAUCUGAAUUUGUAAAGGCUGUCGAUACUAUGUCAUCAAUAAUAUCUCGAAGAAUGCGCAAUCCCUUCCUCGAUAUUGUAUUCAACUUGACGCCAUACAGGAGAGCGCAAGAAAAGGCAUUGAAAAUUCUUCACGGACAAACUAUAAAAAUAAUAAAUGCUCGUCAGGCGGACUUAAAGAAGAUGAAUUUAACAGAGCUGGAACUACAUUCUGAUCUUGGCAUCAAAAACAAGCAUACAUUCUUGGAUUUACUCCUAUUGGCAGAAGUGGACGGUAAAAAAAUAAGCGACGAGUGGAUAAGAGAAGAAGUUGACACGUUUUUGUUUGAGGGCCACGAUACAACCACAUCUGGCAUCACCUACUGCCUGUACAGUCUCGCACAAAAUCAAGAUGUACAAGAAAAGGUUUUGGAAGAGCAACAAUCCAUUUUUGGAAAUGAUUUCUGUGGAAAUAUAAGCGGCGGUCAUCUGCAACAAAUGAAAUAUUUGGAGCUCGUUAUAAAAGAGUCUUUGCGAUUAUUCCCUUCGGUGCCGUUUAUUCAACGGAAAAUUUCCGAAGAUACAGUAAUAAACGGUUUACGCAUACCAAAAGACACUUCAAUCGUGAUCGACUUUUUCAAUAUGCAACGGCAUCCGAGCCUAUAUGACGACCCAUUGAAAUUCAGGCCUGAGAGAUUUGAGAAUACUGCACGAAACCCUUUCACGUGGUUACCGUUCAGCGCCGGACCUAGAAACUGCAUUGGCCAGAAAUUCGCAAUGAUGGAGAUAAAAGUUACCAUUUCGGAAAUUAUCAGGAAAUUCAAAGUUUUACCAACGGGUGAAGAACCACAAUUAUCAGCGGACCUUAUAUUACGCUCUCUAAAUGGAGUUAAACUAAAAAUCGUACCAAGAUCGUGAAAUUGUACCUUUAUUAAACUGAUAGUUUAAUUAAUCUCUAAUAUACCUAUUACCCUUGUAUACAGGGUGGUCCAACUAGUGACGUCAACAUUUUUUUUUAGUUUCCUCGCACCUGGGGGUAUCCGAAAAUACCCCAUGUAUGUUCCGCGAUUUUUCUUACUUUUCGAGUUAUUUUUUUUUUGUGUAUUUUUAAUGAUUUCUGCCAGCGAGGUUUAAAAAAUUCUUAUUUUUUUUCGCAGUAGGUAUUUUGCAGUCUUUUUUUUGUGACAUAAUUGUCUUGAAUGCUGUUUUAAUAAAAAAAUAACUCAACUUCGUGCAAUUACAUAAAGUUACUCAAAAAAGGCUUGAAAGUUGGAUCUUUAGUUUUUAGUAGGAUUUACUCAAACGUUCAACUUCAAUACAAAAAUACUAAAAGGAGUUUCCAUAGCUUCUGGCUAAAAUUAAAAACUCCGCAUGCUUCUAAACUACCAAAAAUCAUAAAAAAAAAUUGUACUUAAUGAGCCUAUUUUUGUUGUAAUUGGCUUUUGAAGGCAGAUAGGCCAAAAAUCAUUAAAUUCGAUUAAAGCAUUAGACAUUAUUUUAUCUACUUUUUUCAUUUUUAUAGUAAAUUAAACCUAAAAAUGUAAUUUCAAAUUAAAUUUAAUUGAAAUUUCUGUAAAAAGCGAGGAAUCUAAAAAAAAUGUUGAUGAACUAUAUCGUGAUAAAACUUUACCUGACUAAAAUUAAUUUGUAAUAAAUAAAUAUUUCAUUUGAACAUGUUUUACGUAAUUCUAACAAUCAUGUACUAUUAUCGGCAUGUGACGAUGAACAGCAUCUGUCAGAGUGAGUGCGUCGACUUCCGGUCUAGCGAUUUCCGUUAAUUUUACUUAACGCCAUUGUCGUUGCUAUGGUAAUUUCCUUUAAAUUAAUACUUUAAAAGACUUACUUCCGUUUGGCUCCAUUUGAGUCACCUUAAAAGGAGUUGUUGGUGCGCAGUGUUCGCCCUAGUAAUGUUGGAUAUGGAGAAGGCGUUCGAUAGAGUCUGGCACGAGGAGCUCAUUUACAAACUAUCGAAAUCCAACCUUCCGCCACGCCUUCUGCAUAUAAUAUCGUCAUUCCUAGCAAACCGCCAGAUCACAGUUGCAGUUGAGGGCGCGCUCUCCACCUCGCGCCCAGUCCAAGCAGGAGUCCCACAGGGCAGUUGCCUGUCCCCGAGCCUCUACGCGGCCUACGCGAACGACGUCCCGGCCCUGGACGGCGUCAAACUCGCCCUGUACGCUGAUGAUACGGCGUACAUCAGCACCUCCAUAAACGCGAACCACGCCGCUGCCAAACUCCAGCCCACGUUGGACGCCCUCGGCCCUUGGCUUGAGAAAUGGCGCCUGCGCGUCAACGUGAUCAAGACUCAGGCGAUGGUCACCGGACGCAGACAUCGCCCCCCACCACCAAUCACCAUCCUGGGAGAAACAGUCCCAUGGGCCCAAAUCGUCAAGUAUCUCGGAGUCACGAUCGACGCUCGACUCUGUAUGAACGCCCACGUAACCGCUACCAUCUCCAAAACAAAGUCGGCGCGCGCACAGCUGCGCCCCCUACUCCGCAGCCAGCUACCCAUCAAGACGAAGGUAGCUAUUUACAAACUUUACCUACGAUCCAUCCUGACAUACGCGUCCCCAGCGUGGUUCGCGCUGGUCGCUGAGUCCCACCGGAAACGCUUCCGAGCCCAGCAGAACAUCACAUUUACGCCUCAUUGCAGAUGCCGGACGCUAUCUCAGGAAUACAACCCUGAAACGUGACCUCAAAACAGAGCCCUUGGAUGAGUUCAUCAGCAGACUCGCCACCAAAAUGUUCAGCCGAGCGGACCACUCAACGUACGUGCACCUGCGCGACAUCGCGCCCGCGUACGUCCGCUCCCGAACCCGCCGCGACAGACCGCUUCCCAGAAAGCUCCUGGCCUCACCUGAUGAGACACCACCGAGUUCCCGCCCGCGAUCACCGCGAGCGUUCGAGGCACCACCACGGGACUGACACCAGCCCCGCCCGCACUCCUGCGGGCGGGCCCUACCUGACAAGACCACCCUCCCGAACUGACUCUCCUAAAACGACACACGAUUGCGACUACCCAAACCAGACUGGCCCUAAUCCCCCCUCACGCUAAGUCCACCGCUGCUCGCUGGUCGCUCACUGGGCCUCCCCCAUGGGUCUCACCCGGUGGGCUUGACCGCGCCGAGCGCGGUGCGUGAAGACGUAGAGAGGGGGGAAACGGACCCCAACGACCACUCUGCAUGGGCAGAGUGCGACCCCGCAACCUCCGAUGUGGACAAUCUCCAAUACCGGAUUCCCCGCACACCGCGGCGCCUUCGGCGCCUGCGAAGCGCGUGAAGAAGUACUGCAAGCAGUGUUCUCAUAGCGUCGUCAACUUUCGUACUAGCAACAUCUUCAGCAGAAAAUCUGCUCGUCAUUGAUUCGAAAGUUUACUCUUUUUAGAAAAAAUGUUUGAAUUGUAUAUUGUUGAAGUUAAUAGUUAAAAUAAAAAAUGAGUGAAUGUAAUUCAAGUGAUAAUGAAGUGUACAUGAUGGUGGUUGGUGAUGAAUGUGCCGACCGCGCUUCGAACGAGGGUAGUUCCGUCCGGCAGCAGGCAGGCGGAAAGCGGCGUGCGAGUUCGGAGCUUUCUUCCGAAUCGGAGGUAAAAGGACGACAGAGACAUGUUACGUCGGAUAUUGAUAAUUACAGUAUGCUUUUAAAUCAAAUGAGUGUGCUACCAAAUCUUUUAAUGAAUAAUUCGAAUAACAUACCUCCAUCCAAAAGUUACGAUCUGUCUUCUGAUCACACUUUAAAACAGUCGUUCUUACAACGCCCCGCUACUAUCACAGAAAAUAACCUUGAAUUAAAUAUUGGAGUAAUGAGUACUUCGGUGAAAGAACCAAAGAUACUCAGCGCUAACACCACUAGACUUAAAAAACUAGAGCAAUUGCAAAAAUUUAACGAUAUUAAUUGGAAAGAGGUUCGGUAUUCAGAUGCCUUAAAAACCUACAGUGCUCAACCGGGUUUUGUCGAACUUCGUAUUAAUGACGAAUUGCGUCAAUAUAUAAAAGGCAAGGAUCUUGCGGUCCCCGUUGAGCGAUCUUUGGCAGCUAUUACAAACGGAUUGCUUUCUCAACAGGAGUGCCUUAAACAACAACUACAGGAGUUUGUCAACUGGGCAGCCGCGCCCAACACUGAGCUUAAUCCUUCAAGCGUGUUUGACAAAAUAUCGGACCUGUUUAAUGCUCAGUCUAAAUUUCAUAAAAUAAGUGAAGAUAUAGUGCAAAUAGUUUGUGACAAACGUGCCGAAUGUAUUGAAGUACGUUGAGAGCGUAUCUUGGCGGAAAUACCUAACAAAUAUUUACGUGAGGGCUUACGAAGAAUCCCUCCCAGUUCGGAAUUUUUAUUCGAAAACUCGGCUUUGCAAUCUAUACGAUUGCAAAGCAGAGUUUUCAAAGCACCGGGGGAAUCCAUAAGUGGAUCCGACACUGGAGUGACAACGAACUCAAGCGAGUCGUCCAAAGGCAGCCCAAGGCGAGACCAUCACGUGACCGUGGCAAUAAGUCCUUUCGAGCUGAUCAAAAACAAGGAAUCGCGAAGGCAGAACCUUCCUCUACAGCCGCUGAAACGGUUAAUGUCUCGAAAUUUACAAAAUUUAAUCGAAAAGAAGGAUCUUCCAGUGAUAAGAAAAAAAUUCAAAUGACUACCAAACAUUAAACCGACAUUUUUACGGGGGCUGUCUCCGAGCGUAUCGGAGGCAGUGGCAGGCGCAUCAGGCUCCGAAGGCUAUUCUGAAAAUGAUAUCAGGGAUGCGUCUCCCAUUCACCUCAAGGCCUGUGAAAGGUGGGGGUGGGCCGAUGCAAUAAAGGAUUUGACUGAAACUGAGAAGUCACUACUCAAGCAAAGCGGGAAUCUACUCUAAAAACAUAUAGACCAGCCUGGCUUUGUUGGACUCAAUGGUGUAAGGACAACGUUUUUGAUUAUAAACAUCCUAAUAGCAGUUCUCUUUCAAAAUAUUUGGCUUAUUUGCACUUACAGAAAAAAAUGUCAUACUCCACUAUACUGUUGCAUAAAUCUGUUAUUUUAACUCUAGGCCUUCCCAGAGAGGAUCUCAAUUCUGCUCAAACAUAUGCUCAAAGCAAUUUCCUUGCAACAGCCUGUAAAAGAAAAGGCUCCUAUUUGGAAUCCAUCUGAUUUAAUUUCAUGGUUAAGUUCUAAUUCACCUGUCAGGCUGAACCUGUUUGAAGCUUCCCGUAGACUAGCUUGUAUAUUGCUUUUGGCAUCUGGUAGAAGAGACCAUGAUUUGACAUUGCUAAAGUUUACCUCUGAACUCUUUAAGGACAAGUUAAUGAUAUUCUUUCACGGGGUAAUUGGCGAAGUGAAAAUAGUUUUGCAAAAUUUUAUUUUAGACAAAUUAAAAGCAAACCUGAUUUGGCUAAUACAAGUAAUGCCUUGGUUAAAAACUUCGAACCAAUUCAAUGAAAAUAUUUGUCAGAUCUAAUAGGAAAUGUCAUACACGUAAUAUUACUUUUCUUUUCUCUAAAUAAAUUAAUCUUAGAUCUGUAAGGCUAAUUUUGUCACAUUAUUAUUGAUUACACGCAAAUAAUUACUUGAAAUAUGAUCAUGUGCCUUAAAACAAUUAAAUAAAACAUUAAAUACUGAUAUUUGUAUUUAUUAUGUUAUGUAUAAAAUAUGCAUUUAACAUAUAUGUACCAGACAUGUUACAGGUAUAUUUUAUAUAAACCAGAUUGGUAAUCAUCACAUAGCGUCAUCAUCAUACAUAGUCACCAGGAGCUAAUAAACACGUCUCUCACAGAUGCUGUGCAUCGUCACAUGCCGAUAAUAGUACAAGUUUUAAAUAAUAAUAAAACUUGUAUUAUGGAGUAGAGACAAUGCACAGCAUCCAAUUAAGGCCUCCUGGUGAGAGACUUCUAUGAGAACACUGCGCACCAACAACUCCUUUUAAGGUGACUCAAAUGGCGCCAAACGGAUGUAAGUCUUUUAAAGUCUUAAUUUAAAGGAAGUUACCAUAGCAACGACAAUGGCGGUAAGUAAAAUUAAAAGACCGGAAGUCGACGCACUCACUCUGACAUAUGCUGUGCAACGUCUGCUCCAUAAUACAAGUUUUAUUAUUAUGUAAAACUUGUACUAUUUUCUAUUAUCAGAGUCACAUUAGGAUCCAAUUCCGAUGCGACGCGAUGCACCUAAGAAAAGACUCGUCGCGUUUCAUAAGCCUGUUUCUGUCUUAGCCCUUAAGGUCGCAAGAUAUGCAAUGUUCGGGAAACAGAUAAAUAAUAAUAUAGUUCGAUUAUAGUACCACCAUAAAGACUAGGAAAAAAAAUAUAGAUUAUUUAGGUUUCGAAAUAUUUUAUGUAUAUUAUAAAAUACAUUGCCACCAACACUAACAAAAGUAUAAAGUUAACGAUGUAUAGUAUGAUAUACAAAAUCACACUUGGACUUACAUUUAUUUACAAAUAUAAAUUAAAAUAAAUAUGUAUUUAUGUUAUAUUUUAGUAUGUAGGUACGUUUUAUAUCGUUGGUGAAAGUACUAAUAAGAAACCAAUAUAAAAAAAGAGCUUAAAAACAAUAGGCUAUAAAAAAAAAGUUGUAUGGUAGGUAUGCUAAAAAACAAUUCAAUUCCUCAUAGAUACGUCACAUUUGUGAACAUUACAUUUUGUGCAACGAGUGCUAGCUUGACCUUUUUUGCAAUCCUGCAUGAAGAAGAUGAGAUGGGCUCAAGCAAUUCAAAUAGAAGGUAGGUAAUUAUAUGAGGUUUCAAAUCAAAAGAAAUAGGCAGAUAGCGACAUGUGUUGGUAAAAAAACCAGCAGCUGAAAUGCCGGAUGGCAUUGAGUCUUUCAGCUACUGGUAACGGUAAACGGUAAAACAGUAACGGAUGUUACUGUUGCUUUGAUCCUUGAUCAGAGCACACUAAUUACCAAACAUGCAGAUAUUACAUGCAAUAGUACUUAUUGCAGAAAAUGUAAUAUUCACUUGUGUUAUAAGAUAUCUUAUUUAAAGGUAUAUAAGAUUAUAAUAUCUUUAGCAUACCAUAUCUAAAUUUUGAAAUAAAAAUGGUUUCUAAACGGGGCAAGGAUGAAAUUGAAGGUUAUUAAAAUUGCAUUGCGUGUUAGAUGAAAAUACUAUUUGUAAUAUUGGCAUGAGUGGGGUAUGUAUUUCAGAUUCUGGAGCGGUGGGAAUGAGACUUGGAGAUUGUGGGUUACUGUAGCUAGUCAAUAAGAAAAAACUUUAUAGAGCAAUAGUUAAAACAGUCUAGCCAUUCCCAUUCUUAUUUUUAAUAAAAUAUUUUUAAUCUCCGAAAAGAGUCCGUCCACCCCCAGGGUAUAAGUAACCCCCGGCACAUUGACAACUUUGAAGUAGAGGGUAAGUAGAACUUACAGCCAAAUUUUGGUGCUACUCGGUUUGUUUGGUACUUUAUUGUUGUCUAACUCACAGGAGCUUGUCGAAAAAGCCAACUCGAUAAAUUUCGUGCCAAACACUCUACGAAACAUAAGAAUGCGUCACAAUGACAUUUUAAUUGAAAAAAAGAUUUACAAGACUUGAGACUAGGCUGUAUGGGCAUUGUUCCCUUUGCUUUCCCUGUAAAGGAAGAAUCUUAAAAAGUAUAUUGAAACUUUCAUCCCGAAGGGUGCGGCCAGAGUGUACUCAGAUUCAGACUCAGAUUCAGAUUUCGAAAACAAGCGCGAGAAAUAAACAGUGUAGUCGAAGGGUACGGCCAGAUUGCACUCCUGAUUCAGAUUCAAAUUCAGACUCAGAAAACAAAGCGCGAGAAAAAGCAG